AUGACGGCCGAACGAAGGGACUUUGUGAAGAACGAGUUGGUCGCGUUGACACAGGCAGGACAUGUCAAGGAGAUCUAUUAUCCUGAGUGGUUGAGCAACAUAGUCCUGGCCCCACCAAAAGGCUCCACGUGGAGAAUGUGCAUGGAUUAUACAGAUCUCAACAGAGCCUGCCCUAUGGAUCGAUUCCCCUUGCCAAACAUAGAUCAGCUGGUAGAUGAGACGGCAGGAUGCGAAUUGAUGAGCUUCAUGGAUGCCUUCCGUGGGUACCAUCAGAUAUUCAUGCAUGAGGAGGAUGCUGAGAAGACCGCGUUCACCACUCCAGAAGGCAUUUUUUGCUACUUGGUCAUGCCGUUCGGCCUCAAAAACGCAGGCGCAACUUACACCCGGAUGGUGGCCAAGUUGUUUGGAAAAGUGCUGGGACGAAACAUGGAGGCAUACGUAGACGACAUAAUUGUCAAAAGCUGCAAAGGUGCCUCCCAUGUCAAAGACCUUAACGAGGUAUUUUCUAUUCUGAGAAAUUUCAAUUUACGCUUGAACCCUAAAAAAUGCACAUUCGCAGUUAAUGGGGGCAAGUUUCUGGGAUUUAUGGUCACUAGAAAUGGGAUAGAACCAAACCCAGAAAAGGGUGCGAUAAGCUCCGUGUUGGUCAAAGAGGAAGGAGGGACUCAGCGUCCCAUUUACUAUGUGAGCAAAGCUUUACACGAUGCAGAGCUACGGUACACUGCCGUAGAAAAAACAGUAUUCGCUACGGUCAUCGCCUCUAAAAGGUUGGCCCAUUACUUCCAAGCUCAUCCUAUCCAUGUACUCUCACAUCAACCAUUGGGGAGUUUCUUACGGAACACUAACUCUGCUAGGAUGGCGAGAUGGGUCAUGCACCUCAGCCAGUUCGACAUUGAAUUCAAACCAAGACCCGCCAUCAAAGGUCAAGCUCUCGCAGACUUCAUAGUAGAAUGCACAGCCCGCGAGGGGACGGAGCAGGUGGAGAAUGAAGAUGGUGGAUGGUGGACAUUGUCUACGGAUGGCUCAUCCAACAGUAAAGGUUGCGGUGGUGGAGUAGUGCUCAUCACCCCAGAAGGAUUCCGCGCUUACUAUGCAAUCAGGUUCCACUUCAAAUUAUCUAACAAUGAGGCGGAGUAUGAGGCCCUCCUCAACGGACUACGGUUAGCAGCAAGACUACGAGCAGAAAAAAUUCGCAUCCGAUGUGACUCCAAGCUAGUGGUCGGCCAGGUGACUGGGGAAUACGAAGCCAAUGAAGAGAACAUGCAAAGAUACAGGUACGCAGUGCUGCGAACCUUGCGAGAAUUCGAGGGGUAUGAAAUUCACCAAGUACCUCGAGAACAGAAUGAUGACGCUGACAUGAUCUCCAAGCUGACCACUGGGAUCCCCAGCCACAUUCGUAAGAUUGCUCGGGUUGAGGAUUUGGAGACAUCCAGCAUCGACAUCUCAUGGGUCUGCCCCGUGCAAACUAGAGAGCCAUGUUGGAUUGACCACAUUACAAAGUACAAGAAGGAUGGCACUUUACCAGUGGACGAGCAAGAUACAAAGCUGACAAGGUUGCGGGCACCCAACUACGUGNUUCUUGCAGUUUGGGUGAGGGAGGGGGGCUGGCAGGUUGGAUGGGUGAGGCGUCGAGCAGGAUUAGAUGGGAUGGUAGGAAAAUGUGGGAAGAGGGGAAGAACACCAAAGUACAAUGAGGAUGAAGUUGGAGGAUCCGUUGACACCUUGUAA